CCCCAGCGCCCGGAGUUGGAGUUGCCGGGAGUUUCCCCCCCAACCCCUCCCUCCUCGCGCGCGGCAGCAGGAGCCGGCGCGGGAGGCGCGAGCGGCGGCCAGCCAGCACCCGAGCAGGCAGAGCUCGUCCGGAGCCCCGAGCCCCGUACGGGGCAGUUCCCGGGGAGGAGCCUCGUGGGCUGGGACGCGUGCGGCGCACUGGCACUGCCUGGGCACAAACCGCGCUGCAAGAAAACUCACUGCGUGCCCUGGUUACUUGGUUGACAAUGAGUGCCAAAUCUGCGAUCAGCAAGGAAAUUUUUGCACCUCUUGAUGAAAGGAUGUUGGGAGCUGUCCAGGUCAAGAGGAGGACAAAGAAAAAGAUUCCUUUCUUGGCAACUGGAGGUCAAGGCGAAUAUUUAACUUACAUCUGCCUGUCAGUGACCAACAAGAAACCCACGCAGGCAUCCAUUACGAAGGUCAAACAGUUUGAAGGCUCCACGUCAUUUGUGCGGCGGUCACAGUGGAUGCUCGAGCAGCUUCGCCAGGUUAACGGCAUUGAUCCUAAUCGGGAUUCUGCAGAGUUCGAUUUGUUGUUUGAAAAUGCCUUUGACCAGUGGGUAGCCAGCACAGCCUCAGAAAAAUGUACCUUCUUCCAGAUCCUCCACCACACUUGCCAGCGCUACCUCACAGACAGGAAGCCGGAGUUUAUUAACUGCCAGUCCAAAAUCAUGGGAGGAAACAGCAUCCUCCAUUCAGCGGCUGACAGCGUGACCAGCGCAGUACAGAAAGCGAGCCAGGCCUUGAACGAGCGCGGGGAGCGGUUAGGCCGUGCAGAAGAGAAGACAGAGGACUUGAAGAACAGCGCCCAGCAGUUUGCGGAAACUGCACACAAGCUUGCCAUGAAGCACAAAUGUUGAGAAACUGCCUCUCCCAGAGACCUCUUAAGAGAAACUGAAGUUUGUUCAGCAGUUUUUACAAGAAACUCCGGACCUCCGCUUGCUUCUCCAGCCCCCAACCCCCACCAAAUU